AUGGAGCCCUCCCAACAAACCUCGCAGAUGCAAACUCAAGGUUCCGAGACUGCCAAGGCCCCUUCUCUCAUAAUCGACUUUUCAUGGCGGAAAUUCAAGUCACUUAUAUAUGAAGGGGACACAGUCAGCGGCACACCACGAUACGCGCUCAAAUACAGUAUCCUCGGACAUCUCAAGCUCGUAUUCAAACGAGUCUCGAGUCCAGCCGCGCUGAACAAAAUUACAUCUGACGAAACUGGCGAUAUUCAAGACGACGACUCAGACGACCACACCACAACUUCCGAUAUUGUCGGCCGAGGCAAGAUCCGCAAUGUCCGCAUCGACGCCGACUACGAAGUUCAUGGCCGCUCUGAUAAGUUAGUCGCACAAAAGCGCUGGCACACCGAGUACACGCACCGCUCCCAGGCCAUGUCGAACGAUGGCAAGCUUGUCACGAUGUACUGGCUGAGUGAUAGUGACUUCAAGACGUGGGACUUUAUUUGCGUCGACGAGAAUCAGUUGCCUGUGGCCAAGUUCACGGCGAAUAUAUGGGCACUGAAGAAGCUCGGCAAGAUCGAGUUCAUGGGUCCCAAGGCCCAUGAUCGGGCUUUCCAGGAAGAAAUCAUGGUCGCUGGUACCACGUUGGCUUAUUGUAUGAUCAUGCGGGUCAAUAAUCCCUUGUCGUUGCUGGGUUCGGCCUUUGCGAAGCCGGGGCAUGAUAAAGACUGGAGCGAGGAGGCUUCUACCGGUGCUAAUGGGAAGCACGCUGUUGUCUAG